CUUUCUCACAGUCAAUACAGACCUACAAGAAACAAACCCAAAAAAUCAAAAUGUUCAAGUUGGUGGUAUUGUCUGCUCUCCUCGCCGUAGCUGCUGCUGCUCCCCAUGUCGUCGAAACACCCGUAGUCUACUCUGCGCCCGCCGCCACCGUGGCCGUGCAGGAGCCAGUGCUCGCCAAAGUUGGCUCUGUGGUGAAGAGCGUACCAACCGCUGUCUCCCACCAGAGCUCCACCGUUGUGCACAGCUCGGCGGUCGCUGUUGAGGAUGUUGUGGCCCCUGCCGUUAAGACUACCUACUCCGCACCCGUUGUUGCCGCUGCUCCAGUUGUGGCCGCCGCUCCAGUUGUGAAGACUGUGGCUGCUGCCCCAGUUGUGCACCAAACCUAUGCCGCAGCUGCUCCAGUUGUGCACCAGACCUAUGCCGCAGCUGCUCCAGUUGUGCACCACACCUACGCUGCUGCUGCACCAGUUGUCCACUCCGCUCCUUUGGUGCACACCACCUAUGGCGCUGCUGUGGUUGCUGCCCCCGCUGCUGUUGCCGCUUCCUCUCCACUCACCUACACCGCUCACGGUUUGUGGUAAGCAACAACAAAAUGAAUAGACGACGGAUAGAUAACGGAUUGAAUUAUGGACCAGAGUUGGACGGUGAAAUUGAGAAUUUUGUGAUUGUUUAGUUAAGUAAAUAAAGUUUUGAGAAUCAAA